CUGAACAUGCCCGUCUGCGGUUCAUCUUCGAGUUCUGGCUAUGGCCGCCGAGCACUUCAACGUAAGGUUGUGGUCUGCGGUGAUGGCGCCUGUGGAAAGACAUCUCUCCUCAACGUCUUCACCAGAGGUUUCUUCACACAAGUAUACGAGCCGACCGUGUUCGAGAACUACGUGCACGACCUAUAUGUCGACGAGCAGCUAGUCGAACUCAGUCUGUGGGAUACCGCAGGCCAGGAGGAGUUUGACAGAUUACGCUCGCUCAGCUACGCAGAGACGCAUGUUGUCAUGAUAUGUUUCUCGAUCGACAAUCCCGUCUCCCUUGAGAAUGUCGAGACCAAGUGGAUAGACGAGAUACUGGAGUUCUGCCCAGGCGUCAAGGUAAUAUCCGCCCGUUGCUUCUACACCUGUGUCACUCACACCUACAUCUCAAACUUAAUCACAAAGCUCGUCCUUGUCGCUCUCAAAUGCGAUCUGCGAGAUGAUCGGAACGUCCGAGAACGGCUUUCACGAUAUGGGAUGCACGCGGUCCAGUACGAGGAAGGUCUCGCGGUCGCCCGACGAAUACGGGCCUCGCGCUAUCUUGAAUGUAGUUCAAAGCACAAUCGUGGGGUCACCGAGGUCUUUUACGAGGCGGCGCGGGUAUCACUAAGCACUCGAGCCAAGGGCUCAGGAGACGGUUGCAUUGUGGUUUGAUCUUUAUCCUUGGGGGUUCUCUGAUGUCAUGGACUUCUCUCAUCUGUAUCUAUUACGCGGCAACUCAUCCAUUCACUAUCAUUUAUAGUUUUAUCGUAAUCAGAGAUACCCACGUACUGAUCCACAAGACUUGCAUUGGAUGCAGACAACCUCACACCAAUUUUU